GCUAAAUAACAAACAACAGACUGGACAGCAUUGAGAAGGCUUUGGGGAUCCUUGGGAUGCAGUUGGUGGGUGUUCAGUGUGCUGAAUGGGAAAGGAGAAUCAACCCCAACUUCUCACGCUUUCGUAUGUUCCUUAACUCGAUGAUAAACAGGCGUUCCGGAUACCACAAUAACAUAAAGGAGACAGAGAUCACAAUUUGUUAGCUUUCCAUCCUUUCGAUGCUGUUUUUAAAAGAGAAGAGGAGGUUCGAGCACAAUGUCCUGCCCCGGUAACCUGGUUUGGGAUGUUAGGAAGAGAUCCAUCGGGUAUAAUGACCCAAAUGUUCUAAGGAUCAACUAUAUAGGUAGAAGGGAAUUUGUGCAGCGCCUGAAGCUAGAAGCCAUACUGAAUGUACACGAUGGCUGUGUCAAUACCAUAUCCUGGAAUGAUACAGGAGAAUACAUCUUAUCCGGUUCCGAUGACACCAAUUUAGUCAUCACCAACCCUUACAACAGAAAGGUCAAGGCAACGAUAAGGUCAGGGCACCGGGCGAACAUCUUUAGUGCCAAGUUUAUGCCACAUACCAACGAUCAGCAGAUCGUGUCCUGCUCAGGAGAUGGCAUCAUCUUCUACACCCACACAGAGAAGUGCCCUGACCUCAACCGGCAGUGCCAGUUCACCUGCCACUACGGCACCGCCUAUGAGAUUAUGACCGUACCAAACGACCCCUACACCUUCCUGUCUUGCGGAGAAGACGGCACGGUGCGGUGGUUCGACCUGCGCAUGAAGACAAGCUGCACCAAAGAGGACUGUAAAGAUGACAUUUUGAUAAACUGCCGCAGGGCUGCUACCUCGAUAUCCAUCUGCCCCCUUGUCCCCUACUACCUGGCUGUUGGCUGCUCCGACAGCUCAGUGAGGAUCUACGACAGAAGAAUGCUUGGCACAAGAGCUACGGGUAACUAUAUGGGCCGGGGAACGACAGGUCUGUGCGUGAGAUUUGUCCCCGCCCACCUCUCCAACAAGUCGUGUCGCGUGACCUCGCUGUGCUACAGUGGCGACGGUCAGGAGGUCCUGGUCAGUUACUCGUCCGACUACAUCUACCUGUUCGACCCCAAAGACGACCAGGCCCGUGAGCUCAAGGGGCCCUCAGAGGAGCGGAGGGAAGAGCUGAGGCAGCCUCCAGUCAAGCGGUUGCGUCUAAGAGGAGACUGGUCGGACACGGGACCUCGUGCUCGGCCGGAGUGUGAGAGAGAGCGAGAUGGGGAGCAGAGCCCCAACGUGUCCCUGAUGCAGCGGAUGUCAGACAUGCUGUCGCGCUGGUUCGAGGAGGCCAGCGAGGCCCAGAGCAGCAGGGGGCGCUCUCAGACUCGCCCCCGAGGCAUUGCUGCCAGGCCAGAGGGUACUGAGGCCACAGGCCCUCAGGCCUCAGAGGGAGUCGUUGAUAUGGACAGUCCUUCAGCUUCGUCUGCGACAGCUGGACCUUCUGCCGGCCCUACCCCUUCGACGUUCUCUUCGGCUCCUGUUUCUGCGCCCUUAUUGGUCCCUACGGAACCUUUGCCAGAAUCUGCCACAGCCUCCACUUCCUCCUCAGGCCCAUCCUCCUCCACACUCACAGCCCCGCCCCCUUCCACCUCGUCCUCCAAUGAGGGCGCGGCGUCUUCUUCCUCGUUGCUGUCCUCGCCAGACUCGGAACAGAAGAGCCAGGCGGAGCCUGCACCUGGCACUGGCACUGCCACGCCCACAGCCACACCCACAGCUGCCACCCUCGCAGAGGCUGCCCUCUCAGAGUAUGGUCCUCGGCGGCUGCCUGUGAGCUUAAUAUGCAGGCGCUUGCAGAGGCUCCUGCUCUUGGCUGACCCCCCAGGACAGAGCCCGCCAGGAGGCCCUGAGCCCCCGCCUCUGGACAGGCGCCCCACCAGGGCCACUACCAACACGACCCCUCCUACAGAUUCCCCCUCGUCUGUGGUAAACAAACAGCUCGGAUCCAUGACUCUGGAUGAGCAGCAGGGUAGCAUGGAAGCCUCAGGGACUGUAAGCUCGAGUACGGGCGGAGCAGCAGGUGGAGCGAGUGUGGAGAUGACCGUCCCACCUGCACCCCCGCCUGAGCCCAAACCCGGACCCGCGCCAACCCCCGUUACCACCACAGCUGGUACCAGCGGCAGCUCCGGCCUCAGCAGCAGUGCGUCAACAAGCAGCCGGUCUGGUACAGCGGAACCAGUGCUGAGUCUUCACUAUAGCACAGAGGGGACGACCACCAGCACCAUCAAGCUCAACUUCACAGACGAGUGGAGCAAUCCCGGCACCAGCUCAAUAGGGGGCAGUAGUGGUGGUCGUAAGCCUGAUGAGAUCAUCGAGAGUCCAUCAGCAGAGACAGUGACCUCUCCUCCUGGUCAGGCAGCCCAGGCCCGGCUGGUUGCACCGGCCCCCUCUGGUGCGUCCGAGGCUCCGGGCAGCUCUUCAGCACAGAGCCCAGCGGUGGCUCAGCCCAACGGGGCCCAUCCUCCUCCUCUUCCUCGUUUGCCGCAGUUCCCUCCUCUUCUUCAGGGACACAGGGUGCCAGCGCGGCAGAGGGUGGCGGAGAUGAGUCGUGCGGCGGGCAGAACCCGUAGGGGAGGGGGACACCGCUGCCGCCGCCACCCCGCACAACCGUCGCGUAGGAACCAGGACUCGGACGACAGUGACGACGACCCCAUCCUGAUACCGUCUGCACGGUACCGAGGACCACAGGGUCAAAGGUUUAAUUUCAGAGGAACUCCAGUGGGGGAUAGAAUGAUCAGGCGUUCCGCCGCAGCCCGGAUCCAGGAGCUGUUCCGCCGCAGGAAGGAGAGGCGGGAGAUGGAGGAGAGCGAGACGCAGAACAUCCGGAGACCCACCGUCAAGAUGGUGUACAAGGGCCACCGCAACUCCAGAACCAUGAUUAAGGAGUCUUGUUUCUGGGGCAACAACUUUGUGAUGAGCGGCUCGGACUGCGGUCACAUUUUCAUCUGGGAGCGACACACGGGCGAGCACCUGAUGCUGCUGGAGGCUGACAACCACGUGGUCAACUGCUUGCAGCCGCACCCCUUCGACCCCAUUCUUGCCUCGUCUGGUAUCGACUACGAUAUUAAACUUUGGUCCCCGCUGGAGCAGAACCCUUCGUUUAACAGAAACCUUGCCGACGAGGUGAUCGCGCGCAAUGAACUGAUGCUGGAAGAGACGAGGAACACCAUCACUGUACCAGCCUCUUUCAUGCUGAGAAUGCUCGCCUCGCUCAAUCACAUCAGAACGGACCGUUUGGAAGGUGAUCGUUCGGAAGGAUCCGGACAGGAGAACGAAGAUGAUUCUUAAGUUUUCAAAAUCAGAAAAUCAGCAAAAGAGAUAAGAUGACGACUACAAAAAAAAAAAAAAAAAAAAAAAGCUUUCUUUUGCAAUGAAGCACUUGGACAUUUGGGAUUUGUAACGAGUCAUGAAAACAAAAAUGUAGAAUAUUUCCUUAAAAAAAUUAGCUCUAGGUUUAUUUGUAGCCUCCCGCCCCCUAUUCUUUUUUUAAGACGACUUUCUUACUGACGUGUCCUUUUGAGUUAUGUGCAUAAAGAAGUGUGAAUGCAAGCCAGAUGAUAUAUAUAAAGACCAUGAAAGAGAUACUGAGACGCCUGGUCUCCUCAGAGCAUAAAGUGCAAUAUUUUUGUUAAUGGCAGAAUUUGAGACGUGGUCCGUUAUUAAGUGUGAGAUUUCUAACUGUAGCCCACAAGGUUUAAAAAAACAAAAAAAACAUUGUUUAAAAAAUAUGUUUGUAUAACGGUUGUGCAUGUAAAAUAUGAGAAAUUAUGCUUUAAAAUAAACCAUUUUAUUGUUGGAAGAAACACA